UGUUUCGUGUACAACUAUUGUGAACUCCAGUAUAUGUUCGAGAUUCGAGGCUUCGAGGGUUAAUAAGAUGGUAGAAGAUUUCUUUACUCAGUGAAAAAUAAAAUAUCUAAUAUGAAUUGAUUCUUUUUCGUGAUUUAAAAAGCAAGUAAAUCAUUCUAAAAAGAAAUUAUCACAUUAGCCUUUCGUAAUGUCUGAAAUAACAACUAAAUACCUGGUUGUCGGUGGUGGAAUAGCCGGUGUGACCUGUGUGGAGACUUUAUCGAUUUUGCACCCUGAAGAAAAACUUGUCGUGAUUACUGCGUCAUCAUUGGUAAAGAAUGUAAGCAAUGUUAAAUUCUAUGCUAAAACUAUAGUAAAAUUUGAUGUUAAAGAUACUGAAGCUAGUUCAUUGCUCAGAAUACAUCCAAACCUUGAAAUUAUCUAUGAUUCUUUGAAGUAUUUGAAUACAAAAAAUAAAAUAGCGGCCACUGAAGAAGGAACUGUUAUAAAAUAUGAUGUUGUUUGCAUUUGUACUGGCGGAAUUCCGAAACUUAUUUCUGAUUCAAAUAAAUGUCAAAGAAUAUUAGGUAUUAGAGAUACAGAAUCAGUUAAAGAGUUUCAAGACAAAUUAAAGAAUGGACGUAAAAUGCUUAUCGUUGGUAACGGAGGUAUUGCAUCAGAAAUUGUGCAUGCCACUAAGGGUAUACAGAAGGUAUGGGUAGUCAGAGAUGAUUACAUAUCUGCAACGUUUGUUGAUCCAGGGGCUGCGGAAUUCUUCCAGGAGUCAUUUAAAAAGAAAUCAAAAGAUCAAUCCGAUACUACUACAAUAAGAAGACACAUUUUUACUGAAGAGGAUACUGUUGUUUCAAUUAAUAAAAAUUUAAAAUCAGCAGCCUUAGGUCCGGACUGGUACAGAAAGCUAGAAAAUAAAAAAAGUGAGAGUGGGGAACAUGAACUUGAAAUCAUUUACAAAGUUGAGGUUGAAUCAGUUGCGGAGACAGAAAACAAGGAAUAUGCUUUAGAGGUAAAAUUAACAAAUGGGAAGACUAUUGAGUGUGAUUUUGUUAUAUCAGCCACUGGAGUCGAACCUGCAGUUAACUUUUCUUGGGACCAAUUACCAAGAAGAGGUGACGAUGGUGGGUUAGCUGUAAAUGAACUCCAGGAAACUUCGAUAAAAGAUGUUUUUGCAGCAGGUGAUGUGGCAUGUGCUUCCUGGCAACAUUCCCCUCACUGGUUUCAAUUGCGACUGUGGACACAAGCCCGGCAAAUGGGAGCAAUGGCAGCCAAAGCAAUGCAUGCAAGGAUAAUAAAUGAAGAUGUAUCACAAGAUUUCUGUUUUGAAUUGUUUACACAUUGUACUAGUCUUUUUGGUUACAGAGUUGUGUUGUUGGGAAAGUAUAAUGGUCAAGGAUUGGGAGAUUAUAAUAUUCUUUUACGUACUACUCCUAAUGAAGAAUACAUUAAGUGUGUACAAAAAGAUGGAAAGUUACAAGGAGUGAUACUGAUAGGAGAGACUGGUGUGGAGGAAAUGUGUGAAAAUUUGAUUCUCAAUCAAACUGUACUGACACCAUUUGGAGAUGACCUACUGAAUCCAGACAUAGAUAUUGAAGAUUUUUUUGAUUAAAAUUAUUAAAUAUAGACAAUAUAAUAAGUA